CUUGUCUCCUGUUUCUGUUGAUUAAGCCUGGCUCCUGACAUUAAGAUGCUUUCUACUAUUUGCCUCCUCUUGGCAUUAACAGGACUCUGCCAGUCUGCUCUGAUCAGCAAGAGUCACAAAGGAGAUGAUCCUCUGCUGCAGUAUGUGGUCAAUAACUCUCUGAGGGAGCACCCAGUGCUGACCAAACUAUGGCUGAGAACUAUGGAGGAUCCCAAAAACCUGAUGAUGGUGGCAGCUGAGCAGGCUCAGUUUAUGGCUAACCUUGCAAAACUCAUAGAAGCCAAUAAACCUAUUGAGAUUGGAAUGUACACAGGAUAUAACGCCUUAAAUCUGGCUCUGGUAGUUCCUGAGAAUGGACUCGUGGUG